GCCAGCACCUCGCGAAGCUCUCGCCAUCAGCGAGAGGGAGCUCAGCGCCCAGUGGGGCAGGGCGCAGGAGGAGCGGGGGCUGGCCAAGGAGCAGCAGCACCGCCUGUACCAGCUCCGCCAUGCCGGCCCCUCGCACGACAUCCCGAUGGGCGUCUGCACCCUCCUGGACGUCACGCGCCGCAGAAGGUGGAGCUCCGACGCGAUCGUGGAGAGGUACGAGGCGGCCGGCGUGGUUCAGCCAGAGUGGGCGAAGCUGUCGCCCGCCCAGCAGGCCGCCGCGAGGCACGCGGCCGAGUGGAGCAUCCAAGAGCUCUACUCCGGCACGCACGGCAUCCUCGACAGUGUGGGCCUCGAAGGCAUCGGUGGCGUCGGUUGGGACACGAGCAUCAACCCGCACGCGGACCUUGCCAAGGAGUCGGUCAUCAAAGGAAUCGCCCGCGACUUCAAA